UCUGCUCACACAUAACACGCGCAACGGCUCUCGCCCUCGCCAGUGCCCCGGCACGUCUCACGAGUGCGACAAAGGAGGAGCGGCGACCAAGCAAUCCCUCUCUUUCUAUCGCUCGGGGCUCCUCCUCCACCGCGCCCGCACGGCAGGACGCAGGAGAUAACAGAGGGGAGCGCGCGGGAGCAAAGGGGAGGACGGCAUGGAGUUCAUGGAGCCCAAGGACAUCGACUGGAGCAGGGUGGUGUCACGGUACGUGCGCGACGAGACCUACGAGGACAUCGAGGCCCCGCACUGGGCGGACCUCACCGACCCCAACGCCGGCCGCGCCGCCGUCGACGACGAGGCCUGGUUCUGCCGCCCCGAUUGCCAGCAUCCGAAGACGGCCGACGAUUUCCUCAAGCUGAGCCCCAGCCCCAAGGGCAAGCUGCUGCGAUCGGUUUCGGCCAUGCUGCCGUUCGUGGAAAGGGACGCCAAUGCCAGUAGCCUCAGGGACGGCAGUGGCAAUCUCAACUGGCAGGGCGGCGGCGCCGUUACCGCCUCCACGCCGCCGAAGCUAAAGGCAGCGCCCAAGAAGAGGUUCCAGGAGGACAGCGAGAACCAGGACCCUUCGCUGGCCACGCCGCCCCCACGGCAGGGGCCAAGUAGGCCGCCGUUCGGUGCCCCUCGGUGGAACAAGCAUGCCAAGGAGACCAUUAAGUCCAGUGCGGAGAAGCGGCCGGACAACGCUGAGAAGGAGGCGCUGCUCAAUAAGCACGCCCCGCCGAGGCAGCUCAAGAGCACUCUCUCAGCGAGGAAUCUCUUCUCUGGAAAGGAUAUACUUGGACAGAUUUCGGAGUUCUACGAUGAGCUGAAGCGGAUGGUUGGCGGCAGCCGGCCCGUUACAGACACACAGGAGGUUUACAGCUUAAACCCGAUGAAUCCGAGCGAUUUGAUGGAGAAGGUGGUUCCUGAUGCCCCUGACAGUUUCAUCAGCAAUCCAGUUCCCGCAGAGAUCGUGAAGGAGGUGGCGACGCAAGAAAGAGUGAAAAAGAGUCCAAGCCCAAUGAAGGGAAAGAAGGUGGGGUUGAAGGUGGAAGCAGGGAAGCCAAGGUCUCCCUCUGUGCUCAAGGAGGUGAAGGCAACACCGCCGACUCCGCAGCGGUUUCCAUCCCCAUCGCCGAACCGCAUUAAGAAUGUUAAGCUUGGAGGGGCGGCCAUAGCAGGAUCGCCACUCAAGAACCCACUGAAGGACUUCGAAUUCUUCAAGGGCAUGUAAUGUUCACAAAAAGCAUGGUCCACUUUUACAGAUCUUAGUAUGGAAGAAUACAUAAGAGUGACUUCUGCUCUAAAAUAAACGAUUGGCUACGACUGCUUCUUCCCCUGAUGAUUUAAUAAAUCCUACGAUGAGCUAAAUUGGCGUACCCCCUAGUUCACCAUACUUUUCACAAACUAAACAUGUUGAACCAUGUGAAAGAUUAAUAAAGGUCUUGUGUGUGUUUUUUUGGACCAAUUCCGUUAAGUCUGGUCAUGCAGCUGAGAUGUUUUAGUAUAGAAGUAGCGUCCUUCCAUAUUUAGCAUCAUUUAGCGCAGGUCAUGAGGAGAUGUUACCGAAUUGACAAAGCAUAUUUUCUAUAAAUCCUAAUAAUUAUGCUUGUUCAUAACCUGGUAUUCAUUGUAAGCCUCAUUGUGGAUAGUCUCAAAUAGGGUCGACAAAUUAUCUUAUGUUCAUUGUGGAUGAUCCUAUCAUAGAUGCUUGUGCAGUUGUGCAUCUCAUACAUCUUUCUGUACUGUACAAAAAGGCAAACACAGUGAUUGUAUAGUUUUAGGGCUGUUGUGCCCAACCAUUACCAAUGAGGUAUUUAUCUGAAGUUGAUCAUGGAGUUAUCUAAUUAUACUU